CUUUAAGCUAGAAACGGCCUGUUCCGUUGUGUCUUCGACGAUCAUAGUUUUCGGAUAUUCUGCGACAGCCGUUUCUCGCAGCAGUCAGAGCAAUAGCUCGCUUGCUGUUUCUGGACGAUCAACAAGAAUGCAACGCUGCCCGUCACGCAGGUUGAGGAGCAUCGACCAGUUUACAUUGAAAAUCGGUAGUUUUUCCUGUCCGUGUCUGUCCUCCCGGCACUGUUCAUUCGUGCGAGUAGAAAGUACAACUACUGGCUGAAUCGCCGUUAUUGCAGAAGUGCCUUCUCUGUCUUUUUACGAGCGACCCUUGAGUGGCGCGAUGAGUGAUACUCGUUCUCAGUCAUGGCGCUGGGUCACGCUUUCACUUGCAGACGGCUCUUAAGAGAGACGCAACAUUGAACUGGGACGUGUCUUGUUUUCCUUUCCUAUAUACUCGAGGAUUUUCUGCUAGAAAGCAGCAAGAGAACCCCGCUUGUCUGAUAUGAACGACGCUAAGACUGGUAGUGUGAGCCGCGCAGCAGGUGCCACCGGACCUGCCCUGCCCCACCUCGCGGUUCCGGUGACUUCUAUCAGUCGCUGGAACAAGUGUUUCGAUCAAAGCACAAACUUCAUGGAUCAAAUCUGAAGAUACAGUUGUAGUCGAAUCUCGUCUGUUUCGCGUUCACAGACGCGGCGCCUCGCGUGAGGCGUGUCUCAGCUCGACCAGCGCCGCACGUCCCCUAUUGGCUCUUCGAGGCAGCAUCGUCAUCAUACAGACGGUAGCUCAAAAGGCAACACUUUGGUGGCGUCUCUGCACGGGGUUUCGCUCGCAGAAAAGGACUGCAAUCGCUAGUUCUACCUCAGUAAAAUGAAGCACGAAUCUAGUGGCUUCUGCCACCGUACGCCGCGCCGCGCCCACAAGGGCAGGUUGUGGAGAAGUCGUGACAGCAGCACCGACACGACCGACUCGGGCUCGUCGGGUGAGACCGUUAUUUGCACUCGAAAGUGUCACCAGCACCGCGCCUUCUCCCGCUUCGAGAAAGAGAAGGCGCUGGAGAAACUCGCGAUUGAGCAGACAUGCCGGCCACCACUCGACCGGAUUCCCAUUGUUCGGCAACCUCUCGCUGUCACCCCCGCGGAUUUCAACCCCGUUCCUCGCGAAGAUGGUCGACUCGUGCGCAGACUUUGGCACCAUGCUCGCGAUGCAGUGGAACGUCCGAAAGUGACCCGUCCUUUCGAAUGGACACCGCCUACGCCACAGACACCUCGUGGUCACGCACACUGGCGGAGCACGAGUUGCCCGCCUGUCCGACGAUCUGCAGGUCGUGAAGGGCAGAUGUCGUGGAGCAAGAGCCGUGGUGAGAGACGGAUCUCCGGGAGCGUCAGCGAUCGAGGGAGGAGCGGCUACCAGACAGUGAGCAUCGGCCGCUCUCGGACUCCAGAGUACGUGCGGCACUACUUGACCUACGGGGUUGACGGUCCAGGCUACGAAACCAUGCACAAGGGAAUGUUGCAGGACACAGGCAUGACUUACACGAGGCAGUACGAGCUACCAACAAUAUCCCGGUUUCUCAGCGCGAAACAUCCGAUUUUUCUUCGCGCGCGUAGUGGCUCUCUUGUUAUCAAGAAGAAAACGCGGCGCCGUCCCGCGCCGCCCCCGUCCGAAAGCUCCUCCAGUGAGUCGGAGGAGUCUGUCUUCAAGGACGGAGAUCGUGAAGAGGUCACAAAAGCCCCGCCGGUCUCCCAAGCCCCGAACACGCCGGCGAAAGCCGUCUCGCCGCCCCCUGCUUCCACAGGUGUCCCGUUGGUCCCUGUUCAAGGACAAUGGCGUUCACAGACAGCUGGCCCGGCAGUCGUUGUCACGCCUUCGGUGGGGUCGCCAGUCCUGUUGAUGCCGUCUCAGGCACAAGCCGUUCCGGCGACGACCCAGCAGAAGCCUCACCUGCAGACGAACACGACACCAACUCCUAGCCAGGUGACACAGACAAGAAAUCCCUGCAAAGAAGGCUUGGUGGACCGUCAAGAAAGGAUUGGCAGUCAGUUGCCUCUUACUCCUAGUGGCUAUGACAGUUCCCAGGAAAUGUGCUGGGAUUCCGGCCGGUUCACACAGCAUCUCAAUGGAGCGCAACGUCAUCCUUCUUUCGCGGCUCCUGGCGUACCUUUUGUCCUCCCAAUGCCUACCCACUUGCCUGCUCAAAGUACACCCCGCCCUACACAGAACAAUUACUGUGGCUACUUGUCGAUGUGCUGCACGCCGACCAACUCCGCUCGUAGUCUAGCACGGCCUGCAGCCGUCCACAGCCAGAGACGGGAAGCUUCUCAGCCAGUACUCGUCCCAGCUGCGCCUUCUGCCUUUUAUACUUCGGGCAACACGGGAGGAAACCGCUUGCCAGGUCUUAGCGCGCGACCUCCGGCAGGGCAGCAAUGGCGGAAGGCGGGAACUACAUUGGAAACGGGAUCCCCCAUGACUCCGGCCAUGAAGCGAUCCGAGUUAUUUCGCGCACCGUUCCAGUCCGGGCUGCCAGUAUACCAAACUCGAGCGUCCGUAGCUCCUGGACCCCCUCACAUGCAGCGGCUACCUGUGUCUGGACAUCCGAAACCAGGUGCAGUAUCUGCGUGUUUGAGCUCCCAUCAAAAGACACCAAUCGAAGCGGAGAUCAUCAUCACACCACCACGUAAAGGAGCAGAGAGCACACAAUACCGUAGUCGCAGCGUAUCGCCCGUCGGCGAUAGAGGUGAAAGGCGCUCCAUUCUCAAGAACACGGGAGGGCCAACCCGCGCGUCGCUGCAGCGCCGCAGCCAAUCCCAAGUGACCUUUUGCGAUUCUACAGGAGAUGUAGGACUCGAAGAGGAACUAGCUAGAAAUGCGGAUGCAGGUGGAAGCGGACCGCCAAGUGCUUUUCCAACUAGGGCUACCGAUCAGCGAGUGAUGGGCGGAGCGCCCCCUGUGUAUCAAAUCGCGAAUCCUUUGAUCGGACACCCACAGUUGAUCCAGGGGAUCCUCACUCCAGGUCAGCUUGUGUGUAUCGGUCCCGCUCCGAGUUUUCCCCCACCUGCGGUUGUGUCUCCAGUCUACCCCAUUGGUCCAUUUCCAGCCGUUCCCAUCAGAAGUGAAAAAGCGAAGUAGGUGGACUAGGAGGUCACCACAUAGGCGUGGCGUGGCAGGAGUGCAGACAUGCUUCCGUGACUUCAAACAGCCUGGAUGUGCGACUCAGCGUUUUAGACUACCUCAAAGUCUGCAGUGGCGGCGCACUUUUCUUGGCGAGCGUCACAAUAAUUAUCAUUAGAAUAAGAUGCGUACGAACAGGAGAGACCGUUCACGGGAGAAGCACCUUAGCGGUUGAAACUGCAUUAUUGGUUCGUGCGUUUUUGCGUUCGAAGUUCUACUUCCGUUUUGCGACUCGCGCUCAACAGUCUAUUUUUCAAUCGGCGGGUCAAGCCCGCAUUGUAGAAGUUCGUGAAGUGCCUUUUUGACACGAGACAAAUGUAGAGGGAAGAGCCCGUGAGGUGUUCCAGAGCUUUUGUACAUGAAUUCUGUUCCUGAUGUUUCGGUGGUGUAACUGUGCUUAUUCCACCGGAAAACGUUGUAUAGGUUUUUUGUCAAACACUUUGUUGAAGUUCAGGUCUACACUUGCUCCCUGUCCGGGCAGCUAGUCUUGAACAAACAGCAAGCGAAUAGUCGCCCACCCCAACGCAAAUGUUGAUCUC